UGUCACACACACUCACACACCCAUACACACACACACUGUCACACACACACGCACACCCAUACACACACACACACACACUCUCUCUCUCUCUCUUUGCACUCCUAGAAGCUAACGGCGCGCGCGCGUGGGUUCUGUGCUGAAGAUCCAGUGGUUGCGCCGCGCUCGUGCUCGUGCUUGCUCGUGUCCGUGUCCGUGCACGCGCGUGGGAGAACUCACUCUGGGGUAUUUCUUUUUCUCUGCGUCUUGCACGAGGACUUUUCGGUGCGGCGAUGGAACCCGGAAUAACGCGGCAAAUACCAUCACAGUGUUAAUUAAGGAGGAGCGAAAGAAGAAGGAGAAGAAGAAGGAGAAGAAGCAGGAGAAGCUGAGCGAGAAGAAAUGAAGACGCGCAGAGUGGAGGACAGAACAGAGUGAGUGGAUCAGCGCGCGCUCACAGAAGCUUUACAGCGAGCGGGUGCGAGAACAGAAAUACACACAUACUGAGUUCUCUUAGAGAAGUGUUUAUUAAGAGUGUUUAUUUUACUGCGCGCAUGAAGAGGAACAUGGGGCUCUGUGCAGGAUGCUGGAUCUCUGUCAUGUCCGCGCUCCUCGCGCUGCUCCUCAUCCCGCUGCAGGCGCAGGCUAACUCUGUGUUGGGAAACAUGACCGAGUCAGCAAGCCCUUCAAACUCGACCUCCGUGCCAGCGGAAAGUGAAGGAGUGAAGCUGGAUGAUGAGAUGUCCAAACCAGUCAGCAACAUGUUCCUCAUCCUCCGUUCUGGACGCAAGCCCAGAGAUGGAGGGGAGCUCGGAAGUGGACUUCAGGAAGACGACCAUCCUCUGACUUCCACUCCAACCACUAAAGAGAUGACAACCGAGGACUUAAAAAUCAGCCCUGAUUCUGCGGAGACUGACCAUCUUCUGCCUGAAGUGAUAAAAAAGGAUCUUCUUCCAAGUGCGUCCACUAAGAGCCCCUGGCACGGUACUGAUGAGAAAAUGGAGUCUACGGUGUUCGAUUUGGACGAGAAUCAAGACUCGGUCCUGGACCGACAGGAGCCUCCAACUACAAUGACCCCGUUCCCUACCCAUUCUCCGUCUCAUACAGAAUUCCUCACGGUGGAUUUCUUUGACACCAGAUCCCAUGUUAAUGAGCUCGUCCCUCCGUCUCCUACCGCCCAUGAGCUUCAGGGUCGCGAACCCACCGCUUGGGCGAUGCCCAACAAUUACGACUACCUCACUCCGUACGAUCAAACUGUCUCUCCCACCUCGGAAGAAGCCACCACCAAACCUGAUGAGUACGAGGAUGAUCUGACCACCACGCCUCCACCACCUCCACCCAGGACCUUCCGUCCUCACUUCCCAAAUUCCUUUAUCCCUGCUCGGGAAGAAGAACCACCCGCUAACCGUAAUAAAGUGGGCAAGAGCAGCAGUGCCGAGUGUUGGACAGGCUCCAUGCUCGUCAACGGGACCUGCAAGUCUCAAUGCGAUAUGAUGCCGAAUUAUUGUUUCAACGGGGGCCAGUGCUUCGUGCUGGAAGGAGCUGGCGUCUUCUGCAGGUGUAACAUUCAGGACUACGUGUGGCACAAAGGCGCUCGCUGUGAGUCCGUCAUCACCGAGUUCCAGGUCAUGUGCAUCGCCAUCGGAGCCUCGGCGCUCACCGUGCUGCUGCUCUUCAUGAUCAUCGUCUGCUUCGCCAAGAAACUGCACGUGCUCAAGACCGAGAACAACAAACUGCGCAAGCGCAGCAGCAGUAAGUACCGCCCGUCGUCGGAGCAGCACAAUGAUAAUUUCUCUCUGUCCACCAUCGCUGAGGGCUCCAACCCAAACGUAAGGAAACUGUGCGACUCUCCUCCUCAUGCUCGUGCUUUGGCUUACUAUGAUAACAUUAUCUGUCAGAAAACGAUGAGCAGAUACACCUGGGAGUGUAAGACCAAAGAGGAGACAAGCUGUGAGGACGAUCCUAACUCCCAGAAUAAGCUGGAGGACGCGGUGAAGUCUCCUCCACCCAAAGAGGACGAGUCUCUGAACAUCCAGAACUCACUCACUCCUAAACACGAGAACCACAAGGUUCUGGGCGAGGAGAACUCCUCGGAGGUAAACUCGCUGCAGAACAACAUGAUGUAGAGGGGAAACAAAACCACAAACCACACAGAUUCACCUCCACCUUCGCCACCACAAAGUCUAUAAUCCCGCCCCCGUCACUCUUACACCCAAUGAGAGUCCACCUCUAGGUCCCGCCCCCUUUUCGCAGUCUGUUUGCCCACUUUUGCCUCGCCCUUCACACACACACACACACACAUAUUACACACACACUUAUUACACACACACACAACAGUGAUAGGCAAUAUGAUUCAACUGAAUGAUUUGAUUUUUUUUUGAACGACCAAUUUGAGUGAAUCAAACUGUUGAUUCACUUGAUUCAUGACACACAGCAGCUACAGUGACCCUCGCUCACGAGUCCAGACGCAUCCACUGUCUAUAAACUUCCAUUUAAUUGGAUGUUUAAUUGCUGAUGAUGCAGUUAAAUUGAAUUUUUAAACACCUUUUAACAACAGUGGGUGUUGCAGAAUGAUUCAAUUAUAAGAGUGCAUUGAAAAUGCAGCAUGUGAUGAAAACAAAUGACAACAAAAAGAGGACAAAAUACAUAAAAAUACAGAAAGAGACCGUUUCUUCUUUCAUCCACACCUUUAAUCUUGAAGAAGAAUCAUAAGAAUCGAGUUUGAUUCGUGAACUACAUAUGAUUCACUGCCUUUGAUUUGUAAAUAAGAAAUUAAGAACUGUGAGUUGAACCGUGAGAGAAAAAAAAACACUUUUUUAAUCAUCUAGGACAUGUUUGAUGAAAAAAAAAGUUGAUGAAAGAUAAACCCAGCUCAAACAGCAUGCUAGUUCUGCUCUCUGGUGCUUGCGAAUUGAUUCGUCUGAAUCGAUUCAGUUAAAAGAGUCGUUUAACAGGAACGAAUCAUUCGCGAAUUGAUGAGGAGAUUUGUUCGUGGAUGUGAAUCGAUUCAACUGAUUCACUUUAAAGAGUGGUUCAAAAAGAUUGAAUCAUUCCUAAAUCGCCUAAAUCACUUCACACACACACACACACACACACACACUCUCACACACACACACACACACACACACACCCUGAUUUCUGGCAUGCGUCGGUGUAUUUUGUAUAAAAGAAUAAAAUAAGAUUAACCCGUGUAUGAGGUUUAAAGUGUAAAGUGUUGUGCUAGAGAGUGUUCGCUCAGAGACGACUCGGUGUUCAGUGUCUGACUAAUUCAGUGUGUGUGUGUGUUAAAUAUCAGAUCUCUAUCAGAUCAGUUCUGCUCGGAUUGAUGUAAAGAUCAAAGCGCAGUGUGUGUCUCUGUUUCUUUGAUGUGAUUUCUAAUCCUUUGAUGUACUUGUUUUUAUUUUGUACUUUUUUGGGAACAGAAAAAAAAAAUCACACACUUGUUGAAAUAAAAUCUUUUUAACAUGAA